AUGCACGGCUUCCAACAGGCUCCUUCUACAAUUAUCCACCUAUGGCUUGGUAUCAUGUUUUUCAGGGCCGUAAUCUCUCCGCAUAUUUACCAGCCCACUGAUACCAGAAUUUUAGAUGAUUUCAAGGAAAAGCUUCACAUUCCCAGCGAAGGCGCACUGGCUUCCUCUACCAUGAGCAGUCAUAACCUCGAGGGGCGAGGUGUAGAGAUCAAGUUCAAUGUUCAAUCUCCUGAUGAUAUCGAUCCUGAGCUUCAGGAUAAACCGCAAACCGUGAUAGACCCAGGUUCGAAUUCAUUGAUCGAUGGAAACAACGGGCCAGUAGAAAUUGAAGAUACCAAGAUGAAUUCACCUCCUCAAAUGAAAAUUCCAGCUAUAAGGUUGUCGGCAGGGCUCGUAGACACAAAGGCUCAAGCUUCUAUGAUCAGAAUCGAAGAAGUAUUUGGAAUCCGGCCGAGAAAACAAAAGGAAAGUAGCAAAAACAUCGAAAAAUAUACUACGCUGGCUGACAAAUCGCGAGGGAAAAUCACUCCAAGGGAGGAUAAAUUCCUACGCGUAAAUGUUCCAAAAGACUUGCUGGCAACUUGGCGUAAAAAGGAAUUCAAUUUAAAAUUGCUUUUCUUGAUGGCGACCCUGAUGAGAAUUAAAAAACGAGACAACUUCGAAGGAAUCGUUUCAUAUAUCACGCCAGAAGUUUACAGAGACUUAAAAUCUAUAUUCCACACGUCCACAUCAAAAGUUUGGGUUUCAAUGGAAGCGGAAAUUGCGAAGAUUUUUGAGGAUCGAUCAGAGGCAAAAAGGCGCAUCCUGGCCUUCCGUCGUCUUCUUAACCAUCACACUAUAGCCGAGCGUUGGGCACCCCUCGCGAUUCCGCUCUUUCUUUCGGGAGGCCGAUGGCAGGAUCUAGUAGUGGAUAUACAGAAAGCUUAUGGAAUCUCAGCCCACCCUCAGAAUGUCGUGGAGAAUGCAGCUGCAAUCCCAAUGAGAAAAUGGGAUCUUGAUUCAGUGAUCGGUCCUGGUAAGCUCAAGCUUCGUCAGUUACUGCUGGACGUCUUUGGUGAUGCCGAGGUAUUGAAGAGACGUCAAGAAUUAUAUGAUUACAAAAUGAAUCGAGUUGGAUAUGCUGGUCUAUGGUGUCGUCAGCCUGAUCUGUACGAUUCUCAAAGGUUUGGUGUAGAUACUUUGGCAGUAUGGAAGAUAGGAGAUGCUCUUCAAUUCGACUCGAGGCAUCUACUUGACAAAGCUCCAGGUCGAAUGUCGUUUGAUUCAGCGUUCGCACAAAUACUUCAAGUUAUUACCGCGAAUGACAGAUUUUUUUCUUGGUCUGAUUCGCCUGAAAGAGCUUGGCUUCUUGUUCGUUAUGGCCCAGUCUUCGUGGAACGGCUAGCCAAGCUCAGUGACUCCAUUGUAUUAUCUGAUCAUACAAACCCACUUUCAACCGCCGCAGUCAAAGGCUUGGUAGGGAAGGUAGGAAUGAUAGAAGGAAGUUAUGGGAGGGGUCUAGAAAUUAUGCAUUGGUGCGACCUUGGACUAGAUCCCAAAGAAUGGGCUAGAAUCAGACAAAUCAGAAAUUCACGGGACCAGAAAGAAAUUGAAACCCUCUAUAAGGGGAUGAGCAAAAUAUCUGAGAACGAAAGAAAGAAGUUUCUAUUAUGGCAUCAGUUCGUCGCAAAUUAUGAUUCCAAAAUAGAUCACCCCGAUACGAUCCCUUCGAAAAUUACUCGCAGCAUUUCUGAAUGGGUAGAUCAAAGAACAACGCCCUUGAAAGCCCUCUCACAACGUAGCUGGCUUUUAUUGAAAGACAAGAUUGAUCGAGUAAACCCCUGGUCAUUUCUGAAUCGUAGCCUCAAUGUCAAACCAGAAGGUGUCCACAAACGAGCCAAGACUCAUACCCAGCCAGCAUCAAUAUUCAAGCGCUUGGGGCGUAAACCACCAUUCUUCAAAGCUUGUCUGCCCUGA